AGUUUCUGUACCGCGCUAGUGUAGACACGGUUAGCUCUUCACCAAUCAGUCGUGAUCUCCACUCACCUCCACUGUCAAGUCAGGCACCACAAUGUCAUGACUCGCUCGAAUUGAGAUUUCGAUUGUAGCUUACCAUCACUACACUGCCGCUUCCGCGUUCGUAAUCGAGUAGUGCAAUACCGCAUCUCAAUUUCUACACCAUGGCUCAGCGCCUUACUGAAUCCGACAUCAUAUUCCCACACUUGUCGAACACUCCAAACUUCUCCAGCACAUUGUCUUCGCUGAAACGCUCAGCGCUGUCCAUCACCAACCGCCUCAACUCCAUAACCGCAGACAGCGAGUUUGUCACCAGUGUAGCCACCUCAUAUGGCUUGCCGCUUGUCGCAAAUGAGCGCUGCGGAAGCUGGUACAUCCCCCUGGACCUGAAAGCUGCAAGCGUUUACUUCAAGAGCACGGACGGUCACAUGGGCGAAUGGGCGUUCAGCUUACGCAGACUUAACUUGCAGCUCCUGGAUGUAGUGAGCAAGCAUGGAGGGUGUGUGAUUGUUGACUCUACGCGGAGGGGAAAGAGCAUGCCAGAUGCGCUCAGCAAGACAGUGCCGUUUUGGUGUUGCGUCAUUAACAGAGCUGUCUUUGGUGUGGAGAGGAAGGGAGAUGACGCGUUGGCGUUGUGCACCCCGCCUGCUGCAGUGUCUGAAAGCGAGAAUGUGCAGAUGGAGAGGAGAAUCGACGGCUUUGUACAGCAGUUCAUGGACAUUUGCAAGCCAGACAUCCCGUCACUGCGGUCCAAGCUGCAAAAGCCCCUGCGGCCACUAUGGGUAACUCAGACUUCAAUCCUACCCCACGACCCCCCAGAGUUUCCGGACUUCCACCCCGUCGUUCUCUGCACCGCAUCUCGCCGUGUCCGCGGCGGCGAAGCAUCAGAGGGCGGCUACAUCCAGGGCGCCGCCGACGACCACGAAGCCUGGUCGCACGGCCUCACGCCUCCCCUUUUCUGGCGCAACAAAGCCUCACUCCUCCACACAAACGAAGAGAACCUCCCCGCCGCCAUCGCCUCGCUCACCACCCAAGACCAACCCACCGCCGCCGCCCCAACCCUCAUCAAACCCACCACCACCCUCUACGUCUCCGCCAGCCACGCCAUCGACCUCACCCCCUUCGACACAGUCAUAAGCUGCACCCCCGCGCCCCUCCCCCACGCCUCCCUCACCGCCGCCCGCGUAAAAGCAUAUCUCCACCUGCCCUGCCCGGCAGGCAAACUCGGCUCGCGCGCCCUGCGCCCCCAGCUCCCCGCCCUGCAGCGCCUGGCCUCCCCCACCGCCGCGCCCAAAACCCUCAUCUGCUGCCCCACGGGCACCGACCUGGCCGUCGGCACCGCACUAGCGUACCUGUGCCUGUUCGCCGACGACGCGGGCGCGGUGGAUGUCCGCACCGUGCGGCCGCACGCCAUCACCAAGACGCUGGUCAGGCAGCGGUUGAGCUGGAUCACGGCGGGCGCGCCGGCGCUGAAUCCGAGUCGUGCGACGCUGCAGAGCGUGAAUGCGGCGCUGAUGUCGAGUCUCGCGCCCGCGCCCGCGGCGCUGCAUAUGCCCCUUCGUUCGCGCUCGCCUGCGCACACCGAAACGGCCGCCGAACCCAGUACCCCGAUCCCACCUCCCAUCACACCCCGGCCCUCCCUUCCUCGUACACUCUUCGCCAACCUCCCCUCAAAGUGGUCCUUCUCACGCACCCUAACCUCGACCCACGCGUCCCAGCCCAGCGGCACCGCCUGCGGGACUGCAGUCUUCAGCACCACGGGGGUGUCGGACACGCUGGAUUAUGCUGAGGAGGGGGUGUUGACGACCGAGAAGGGCGUGGCCAUGGGCGUGAGGCGGGGGUAUAUAUGGCGGCUCUCGUCUCCAACUAAUGGUGAGCCGGGUAAAAACGCAGAACGGGUGUGUAUAUCCAUCCACUUCCCCCCCUCCCCCUCCUCCUCAUCCCCCUCAUCCUCCUCAUCCUCCGCAUCGCCCAGCAACGACCCCAGCAUCGGCGCCCUGUUCCUCCAAAUGUCCACCUUGACCCGAAGUCAGCGAGACGGCGAGGCCGUGUUCGAGGCGCACAACCGCGCCCCCCACCUGUGCGGUCGGGAUACGUACACCGCGCGCUGGCGGUUUGGGGGUGCGCUGCUGCGAGACGAGAGGGCGGGAGCGGGCGCGGAUGAGUGGUGGGAGGUGGAGUAUGAGGCCAGGGGGCCGGGGAAGGGGUAUGUGAGUUUGACGCGGUAUGAGCGGGUGGAGUGACGCGGUAUGAGCGGUUGUCGUGAAACGAGCAGAGACAACGAGGACGGCUAG